GAGUUUUCUCCCCCCCCCCUUCAGCCAUUAUUCUAUUCCAUUCGUAUAAACUGUGUUUAUACGUCCGUGGAUGAAGGAUUGUAAUCAGUAGUGCCACUACAAUAGUGAAAAAAAUAUAUCCGAAAUAAGAGGAAUUUUUCUUACCAACACCAAUAACCAGUCGGCCGUCAGCGGCAUUGGGUAUCCCAGGCAUCGGCCAUUACCACCACCACAAACUCGACAGUGGCGUCGUGUUACACACCACUACAGGGCUAAACGUGAAGCAACGAGGCACCCGAAGGCACCACGCGCUCUAUCCCGGCGCAUUCUUUUCGCGUUCCUUCGUGGGUGCUAAACACUUUGUGUGAUAUUGGUGAUUGUUUUCGCGGAAUUAUCGAACCGCUAUCGAUGAUAAUUGCAUCGCAGUUGAGUUAACGUGCCAAAUAAAACAGUGAAGGGUUUUUUUGGUUUAAGGAGAUCGGCCAGUGGUGAUUGAUACGAAAUUAACGAUAUUCUUGAUUGCCGAUCUGAUCUUGAGUGCUCGAUUGUUGAAAUAAACAGUUGAACGGGCUUUCGGGUAUAAUCAGUUAUAACGUAUUAUGGUGAAGUGUACGUUGUUAUCUGAUUUCAGAGGAAAAUCAGUUGUUACGAGGUGGAUUGAGAAUGCUAAGGGCGCCGUGACGAAGCCAGACAUACCACGUUGCCGUAACGGUGAAUAUACAUUUGUACUGCCUAGCCGGCACCGUUGGCCACCACGCGUCCGCCUGACGCUUUGAAAUAAAAAAAUCUUUUAAUAAUCCUCGGUAUUGGGUCAACAAUAAUGACAUGAAGUGAUUGAUGACGAAAAUUCCGGCGAAAUUGCAGUGUGAAGAGUGAAAAAUCAGUGUGUGGGGGAAAAUUUUGAUGAAAAGAAAUAAUGAGGGGAGUGUUAAUGGACAAGUUUUGUAAAGAUCGGGUCAAGAGUGUUGGUGUUUUUUCAAUGAUAAAUUAGGUGGUAGUUAAAGUGUGUGCGGAAUAAUUGAACUCGUGGAAUUCAUUGAUUCCAAGUUUCAGAGGGGGAAAAUAUCCGGAAAAACGCAUGUCGUAAUUUUAUUGGGGAAACUGACUCGAUAAUUGGUCACAAUGUCGACUGGCAAGCGUUUGGCAAAACGUAGUAUAAUCGGUACACGAGUUUGUGCACCGGGGAUGGACGGAAAAUAUUACAGUGGGGUUAUCCAUGCGGUUAAGACGCCGGCAUCAGCGGCUAGUGACGCUGGCCUCAGCCUAACCCCGUCUACACGUUAUUCCGUGCGUUUUGAUGCCGUACCGGGCGGCAGGCCACCCAGUCCAAGCACAGAGUAUUGCGAUCGCGAUCUCAUUGGGCCUGGCUUUGGCACUGUCAAUGGGGUGCGUCUCAUGCCGGGACAGAAAGUUUAUCUCACUUACAGGGGUAGGGAAAUUCAGGCGGAGGUAACGAUGCAUAAAGAGCAUCAGGACGAGGUCGAAGUCAAGAUUGCGGCGACUAAUGGAUCGGAGGGUCCGGUGAGUCUGACAAAACGUAUAGAAGAAGUACGUCUGUUGGAGUCUCGCAAGAGUGCACGAUUGGCUGAUCAGAAAACAGAUUUUGCGAGGAUGGCUGAUAUGACUAGUGAUCGUAAACGCGUUACGUCGCACUCUAUCGAUGUACCACACGUACCUGGGUCGAGGAAGAGACGACCGAGCUCGAGCAACGACUCUGAGCGCUCUGACAACGGUGGAUGGACUGAGAAUAAUAAUAGUAACAGUACUAGCAACAAUAAUAUGAGGCAGGAUCAUGGGUGCGUUCGGGAUGAUGAGCGCGAUGGUUGCAUGGAUGAUUGCACAGCAGCUGUUGCACUACUCUCACUGCUCAAUUCAUCUGUCAGCCCCAAUAAUCUACCUUCACCGAUUCCCUGCGAGCCUAGUUAUGGCACUGGGGGCACCUCGAACAGUAGCAGCAGUAGCAGUGGAGGUUCAUGGCGCAGCACCACCCCAUCACCGGGACUCUUGAGUGAAGAGGGUGCAUCACCAUCAGAAGUGUCAGCAUGGCCAACUUCUGGUAAUAAUUUCACAGGGAGAAAUCAUGCACAUCAGGGCCGUCAUGAGAGACGCUCACCGACGAGCAUUCCGUCGGGUUCGUCUUAUGGUAGCACCCCUGGAUCUACCGGCACACUCGAUGAAACAAUGUGGUUCCCUGAUGAUGAUGACAUGCACCCAAAGAAAAAGAGUCGAACUAAAUUGAAUCGAGAAAUCAUUGUCAAUCGACGAAAAUAUACACAACCAACACAAGGCUAUAUUUUCGAAGACUGCGGUCGACCUAAUAUACAUCCUAUGUUCCAAUGCUCCUGGAGGAAAUGCGGUGAGGUCAGGGAAACGGUUGAACAGAUGGUGGCACACAUACGUAAUGUUCAUAAUCCACCAAUACCAGCUGAAGUUGCGUGCACCGUCCAGGAAGAGGAGUUCUACUUCGAUGUGAUAAAGGUCAUUGAGUACGUGAGUUCACCACCAACAAUGUCUCACCGAGACAUGGCAAGGCCACCGCACGAGGACCCUGAGUAUCAGAAGCAACUUGCAUUGGAAGCAGAAGCCAAAGUUGUUAAGGUUAUCGAAACACCUGCUGUCAGAGCUCCACAAACAUCGCUUCUGAAAAUAAGGAAUGAGGAGCAGUCCUUCACACUGUGUCCAUCAUCUCCCACAGGGGGAACUCCAAUAAAGCACCUGAAGCCAACAACAUCCCAGCAACGUCACAUUUUCCCGCCGAGCAGUGGUCUCCUGGCAGUAUCAGCUGGUGGCAAAAUACUCUCCUCAUCCAGACGCGUCCGUGGUGAGACUAAAAAAUGCCGCAAAGUGCACGGCAUGGACAGGAAGACCGAGUGGUGUAAGCAGUGUAGAUGGAAAAAGGCCUGCAGUCGUUACGGUGAUUAGGAAAAAUUAUCAGCCUGUCGUCGACGUGGGCGACCAGCCUCGCCGAGUCAAUCCCAAAGUUUGCCAGUGUAAAAAAUAACAAAAAAACACCACGAAAAUGAAAAUUAUAAAGCGUUAACCGCAAGAUCAACUGCCAACGUACAACAAUAAAUGAGAGAGUGAAUUGUACAGCUAUGAGACACGAUGACAGUACACAUCCCAUGACGAAUGGCUGUUAUCUGUUGCUCGGGCUAUUAUUCGUCUGGCAAGCUCAAUACUAGUGGACAGAGACAACAAAUGGCUCUCAAAUGUCUCUGCGAAAUCGUAAGGAGUCGACCAUAUUUGGACUCAAGUGUUUUUUUACUGUCGAUUCGUGGUAAUUGACACGUAAACGUGCUCGACUCCUGGCGAUUUGUCGUAUCCAUCUCUCGUUGAGAUCUGAACAACCGAAAAUUAAUGAAAUUUAUGGAAAGUGCAUGGCUCUUUCAUCGUCGAGUACUGGCAUGGACGUAGUUUCUGACACGAGUCAAAAACUUCUCUGGAAAAAUUCGGAAAUUAAUUUUCCAGGAGCUUGUUAAGGGAUGGGGCAAAAUGGACACUUGAUUUUUCUUCGUCAGAAACGAAUUUAAAUCGGAAGAAUUCUGCUUUUUAUAAGAGAACAAAUUAUCAUAUUUUGUUAAGAGGAGGAAAGAAACUUGCAUUUUUCGAGAAAAAAAAUUCAAAAACACUUUUUUCCGCGCGAUUUCCCGUAGGAAUCCGAUUUUGGAGGUCGAAUUCGCCUUCGGCCGAAAAAUGGACUUUUGAAAAAUUCCCAAUGUAUUUUUUUCGAAAUAGUUUCUUAAAAUGAUCCCAAAUUUUCAUUUUUUAAUUAUGAAAGCUCCAGGAAAAGAUAAAUUUUGAAGUCCAUCGAUUAUAUUUUCGAAAAUAAGUUAUAAGUAUUUUAAAGACGAGGACAAUUUCUUGAUGACAAAGCGAUU